AUGUCCAUCCAUCCAUCAAUCCAUCCAUCCAUCCAUCCAUCCAUACGUCCAUCCAUCCAUCCGUCCAUCCAUACGUCCAUCCAUACGUCCAUCCAUAUGUCCAUCCAUCCAUUCAUCCAUCCAUCCAUCCGUCCAUCCAUACGUCCAUCCAUGCGUCCAUCCAUAUGUCCAUCCAUUCAUCCAUCCAUCCAUCCAUCCAUCCAUCCAUCCAUCCAUCCAUCCAUACGUCCGUCCGUCCAUCCAUCCAUCCAUCCAUCCAUCCAUCCAUCCAUCCAUCCAUCCAUCCAUCCAUCCAUCCAUAUGUCCAUCCAUCCAUCCAUAUGUCCAUCCAUAUGUCCAUCCAUCCAUCCAUCCAUCCAUCCAUCCAUCCAUCCGUCCAUCCAUCCAUCCAUCCAUCCAUCCAUCCAUCCAUCCAUCCAUCCAUCCAUCCAUCCAUACAUACGUCCAUCCAUACGUCCAUCCAUCCAUCCAUACGUCCAUCCAUCCAUCCAUACGUCCAUCCAUACGUCCAUCCAUCCAUCCAUACGUUAA